AAGUCAAAUACUGUAGAACGUGAAGAGUUCGUUACAUUGAAAGUUGGCGAAGAAACAUUGGACAGUGGUGCACAUGCAGUCGACAGCCAUUUUUCUGAUGGAAAAGAUGAUUUGGAUCAAUAUCGUCCAAAAUUAAUAACGUAUAGCAGUAAAAAUGAUGACAUAAGUCGAGCUCAAAUGUUAGAAGGACCGGGUGGAUUGAAACUCGUGGUUUCCGUGGAAAAGGCGAAUGAGGAUUUGGACUCACCACCAUCACUGAGCAUGGAAGAGACAGCGCACUCACAAAAUGUUGGCAGCGAAGUCAGCAACUCUGAUCUCGAUGGGUUUUGGGACGACGACGAGAUGCUUCAGGAGAACGAAGAAAUGAGCGAUAGAGACUUAGGUGCUGGAACCUCAUUCAACCCGAUGACAACUCCUCAGGUUAUAGGAGCACUUGCUAAUGCCAACGAUGAUCCAUAUAAACCCAAAAUGGAAUGUCCAACUUGCGGCUUGAUUCUUUAUCGCCAUAAUUUUUCCACGCAUUAUCGAAUUCACACUGGAGAACUUCCGUUUGCUUGUGAAUUUUGCUCAAAGAGGUUCAGGACGAGUUCGUCGUUGAAGGUUCACGUUCGAGCACACACUGGUGAAAAGCCAUACAUCUGCCCGUCUUGUGGUUAUUCAACGAUAACAAAACGCAAUCUUGAUCGUCACAUUGAAAAUCACCAUGUGCGAACAGGAGGGUCCAAAGGUCCAGCGACAAGGAAAAGCAGGUAUCGGGAAAGUAUUGACAUGGAAUGGGUCGAGAACGUUGGAUCACAAAUGGUCUCUCAUUACGACAGGAAUUACAAUGAAAAUCCGGAAAAUGCGUCAGGGUGGCAUAAGAGCGCUGGUUCAAACACACCACAGGAAUCAUCGGCGUUAUGA